GAAUGCAACUUAAUAACAUUCUCUUGCGGAGAGCAGACUGAGUGUCGUAUAACCAAUCGUAAUAUUCCGACCUUCAUGGAUUGGACACCCACGUGGUUUGCCUCGCUUCAAUCUCAAAACCAGCUUCAUGAUAUCAUUUCUAUGCCUGUAUUGCGCGAUCGCGAUCUCAUUUUGAAGUUGUAGUUUCUUUGUUUAAGAUUUCGUAGCCACAAGUAGAUAGUUCCUAGAACAUCAACCGGAAUUCGUAAUUGCUGCAUUCUUUAGCUUGCAUUUGGAUCAACAUCCGCGUCUGCCACCUUGCAGCAUCCCGCCCGGAGCAGCUGCAAGAUGGUAGUUUCACCCGGGGGCGCCAGCAGCAAGGCGAUUGACGAGUCGCCAACCGCAGACAAAGCUGCAGCGCAGCAGUCGUCCCAGACCCCGACCCGGAGUCGGACAAAGGAUGGCAACACGCAGAGCGGGAAAAAAAGCGGGGGAAAGAACAGCCUGGAUGUGGUGUCGCCGGAGAAGGCGGACCACGAUGGUGCGGGGGCUCAGUCGAGUCCGGAGAAGAAGAAAAAGAAGCACGACAUCCCGGAGGAGGUGAUGCGGCGCGGGCCGGAGGCCACAAGGGUGCACGAAAUCAUGGCGGAUUUUGCCGACGACUGGGAAAAGCAGCAAAUCAAGAAGCGCGAGGUCGCCCUGAAAGUCACGAAGCCGGACACCGCGAUUGGGCAGUCGGUCAUGGCGGUGACGCACGCUACCGCCACCGCAAUGCAGGUUUUCUCGCCGACCAAGUCGGGGAAGCCGCAGGAGUCGCUGGCGCAGCAAACCAUGAAAGUCAAGCCAGUGGAGCCGCCGCAUUUGAAAAACGCGCUGCACACCCAGCAAAUGCAGAACACCGCGGCCUACAAAAUCUUCUCGAAGAUGUACAUGUGCUUCUUCUUCUGGUUCUGCAUCGCGACCGCCUGGCUCAUGUACAGUGGCCAACAAUACUUCAACUCCACGUUACCAGACCUGCGGGACAUCUACUUCCUGUACUAUAUACAGAAUUAUGUGCUUACUUGUUCCAUUUCGCAUUUUAGCAUCCCAUGAAGGUGGAGAGGGCCGGCCCUCGUUCCUAUUCGUUCGUACUAGUUAUAUCGCGAGUCAUGUCAUAGUCAUUUUCCUUCUGGACAAAUGCAAGGUAAGGUUGAUAUUCGCUUUGGUCUUCACCUCUCACCCCCCACGACCAUUAUUUUCCCCACAGGCACGGCGGCGCCGCGCGCAUCGAGGCCGCUUUCGACGGGUACGUGCAGGGAAAACUGAUGGUUCCGGUGGAGUCCCUGGCUCACGGGAUCUCCCUGGGCGCGUUGCGGAACCCGUUCGACUUCUUCUCGCUGCAGAUCGUCGUGUUGGCCGGACUCUCCGGGGUUCCGGAGCUCAGCAUGCUGCAGAUGGCCUACUUCGUCCCGAACAAGACGCAGGACCUGAGCUUGACCCGGGGCGGCAUGCGGUUCCGCCGGAUCGGCACCUACGACAUGCUGCAGUUUGAGAGCGACCUGUACCCCUCGUGUAUUGCGGAGCCCUUUGCCUGCAAUCGGAACCUCUCCAUCGCAAACGCGGAUUGGCACCAGCGACUGAUGCAGGUGGACUUGACAAAGGAGCGGCUGUAUUACAAUGAAAAAUGCCCCCUCCCCAUAUCAAAACGGAAAUCUGUGAUGCAGAUUUGGGGUCACAAAUCAGCUUUGUGAUGCUAGAAGGCAAAAGAUGCGGACUGUAGUGCUGUCUAGCGUGCUGGGAAAGCCUUGCAGCUCCAGGAUGACAGGAGGCAACUGGAAGUGGGAAACAGCAUGACAGAUUACCUGCAAUGUAGGCCGCAGCUUAGUCUCUUGGUCCUCUAGCAAUACAAGUCGAUUUGUGUACUCAAAUACAGCAUCACAAAUUCGCGCAUCUUCCGUUUCCGAUAUGGGGUGGAGGCUUUUUUCACUUUGAUAGGCUGGAGAAGCACAACGUGUUUCGCCUGUCAGCCGACCCGUUGACCGCGGUGCGUGCGUUCGAUGCCCCAAUCAUGCUGCCCGGUUUGCAGAUGAUGGGACUAGAAGCUGCACUCGAGGGGGCGACGCCGGGCGAACAAAGGGCGCGCGCACGUCGCCGGACCACGACUUCGGGGGAGAGUUCUACCGGUGCAUCAGAUCAGAGUAGAGACCACACGAUUUCUACAUCUUCUAGUGAACAAAUCGCCGCAAGUCACGGUGAUGGAGGCACGAGAACGGUGGAGGAUAAAGAGCAACACCAACGCGCUGACCGCCGCGUGCUGAAUGACCACACGCUCGCGAACCGGGAUUCGUCGAUGGUGCCGCCGAUGAGCGCGAAUAACAUCCACCACGAGGAUAUGGUAAACAACAGCGCACUGGAGCUGUAUCAUGGGAGCGUCAGGAUCGAAAUCGAUAAAGUUGAAAACUUGUGAUGCAUAGAAUCGAUACCAGUUGGAAGCCCAAUUUCCAAGCGGCGCAUGACAAACUUUGGCACCACCUAAAUCCAGUUUGUCAUACUGUUUAGGGAAAGAGCGCGUCUUUUGUCAUGCUGCUUUACUUAGCAGCUCUAUCGCAUAGACGCCAAUAAACAGGCUGACAGUUGGCCUCGCUUGCCAUCCCUGCAAGAGAGGCGCUUCAUGCUUUAGAAUUUAUGCAUGAGAAAGUAUUUGAACUUUCACUUUGUCGAUUUCGAUUCUCACACUUCCAUAAGCUGAACAAGAUGCCCUUUGAGAUGUAUGCCGGGAUUUUGCCUCUCCGCGACGACCAGACGCCGGAGACCACGGCGCCGCCGGCGGGCAGCGAAGAAGAGGACGCUCAGCGGAUCAGCCCGAACACGGGGGCCGGGCCCGCGGGCCCGGAAAGAAGCUCCUACUUCUGCCCGCCGGGGCACUACCCGGACCUGCUUUCCGUGGUCGCCGUGCUCGGGGAGGAGUACAUCCUGGAGCAGGCCAAGAACGGAAGUAGUACGACGGGCAUCGCGCUCCCGUUAGAGUUGCGGAACUACGAGUACCGACAGCAAUACCAGGCGCUGCGGGCGCAGGUGAAAGAUCUGGAGUGCAAAAGCUGUCCGCAGAAAUGCGGGUCGCUAGAACAGCUGGCAAAGAGCAGUUCCAAUCUGACAAACAGCACGAAUCACCCGGCGCUCUGGUACACGCAGACGGCGCAACGACUCCAAAACCAGCAGUUGGUGACCCCGAGCGUGUCCGCGCCGGGCGUUGUGUGUCUGCCCUACCAAGCGAACCACUUCGCCUACCGGAACGCGCACAAUCUGGUCGAGCGAGGUUUAUCUGGGCAGCAGCAGGGUGGCGUCACGACAACUUUGCACGACUUCUUUUCCACGACAACUUCCACUACCACGGCGCCGUUCCUGAGUGACCAAUUUGAUAGGGGUAUUUACACCGAGUGGGAGCUCAAACUGCCGGAGCGCAGCAGUCCCGGCGACACGCAGGUGAACAUCGAUUCGCAGCAGGUAGACACUAUCCAAACCAUCUCGCUGUUGUUCAAGCUGGACGCGAGCCAGAUGCACCGACAGGAGGUGGAGGGUUUGACGGAGCAGGACCGCGUUUUUCUGCACGGCAAACUCACGCUGGAGAUCGAGAAGCUGAAAGACUCUUUGGUUGACCCGCACUUCCUGCCCGGGGACUACCAAGGCUUCCUCGUCGCCGACGACGGCACCAUCCUGGUAGACCUCUCGCUGAAAAACACGGGGGUGAUCGAGUUCCAGAAAAUCUGGGAGAUGGCGUCCUUCUCCGCCGUCACCUCCGCGCAGCAGCUGCAGGGCAUCAAGGACCACCUCUUCCUGGACACCGUUAUCGUGAAGCGGUUGCAGGGCAACCGGCUGCAGAACCGGUUCUUCGUGAUUUUCUACGCGGACAGCGACGGUCUAGCGGACGGGUGGGUGUACGCCUGCGCGGUGGGCGGGAUCUGCCUGGGAGUCCUGCCCUACUCCAUUGUCGUCUGCAUUGCGGUCUACCUGAUGUACCAGGACCGCAAGCGGGUGCAGAAGGAGAAGCAGCAGGCGUCCGCGCUGGUAGAGGCCCAGACCACGCUGACGGCCGUCAAGGCGGUCACCGCCGGGCGAACCGACCUCAGCGCCACGCAGGGCAGCGGCGGAAGCAUGGGACUGACGGCGAGAACGUGA